GGUCGGGGCUGGACUUCCGGCGGCCACUGGCGGCGUUUCCGCGUCCUUGCGUGUCUGAGCUGGCAGCGUUUGGUCCCUCGUGGGCUGCCGUUCAGUAAUGGCUCGGCCUCCGGAGAGAGCCAUAGUGAACUGUUGGACAGUUGGGCCACAACCGCGACCUGCAGCUACUUAAAUACAAUUUCCUGCUCUUGUGCACGUAAACUAUGAAAGCUUCUGACAUCCCACGCACCCCAGAUGUUCUGGGGCGGCAUCGGCACUGCUGCUGGUCGCCUUGCUGUCCCUGGCGCCUUUCAGUCUAGCAGCUGCGGGCUGUCUUCUUAGCAGAUAAAGCUGAUCAGAACUGCAGAAGCCAUGGGAGUGGCACCCUGCUGUAUAUAGUAGAGGUGCAUUAACGUGGUUUUCCUCUGCGCGCCGAAUGAUACUGGCCUUGAUGAAGCAUUACGGGAUUCAGACCCAGGCGAAACUCUUAUACCAGACAUUGGCAAUAAUUUGCUCAGCUGCACGGCUUCAUUAAAUUGGUAAAGAGCAUGGACCCUGGAACCUCUGAACAAGAUGAGGAAAAGAAGAGAUACGUUUCUGUCUGUGUUGGCAGAGAGGAGGACAUUAGAAAAUCGGAAAGAAUGACAGCUGUUGUCCACGACAGAGAAGUGGUCAUUUUCUACAACAAAGGGGAAUACCAUGCUAUGGACAUUCGCUGCUACCAUUCUGGAGGGCCCUUACACUUGGGAGAAAUUGAGGAUUUCGAUGGACAAUCAUGUAUAGUUUGCCCCUGGCAUAAAUACAAAAUCACUUUGGCCACAGGAGAAGGAUUAUACCAGUCUAUAAAUCCUAAAGAUCCAUCAGCAAAACCCAAGUGGUGCUCCAAAGGAGUAAAGCAAAGGAUUCAUACUGUGACGGUGGAUAAUGGCAAUAUUUACGUGACACUUUCUAAGGAACCUUUUAAAUGUGACUCUGAUUAUUAUGCCACUGGAGAGUUCAAAGUGAUUCAGAGUUCUUCCUGAUAAAAAAUGCACAGCAGCAAAAAAAUGUGUGUAUGUUUGAAAUUAUUUUAAAGUAAUUUUGUUUGAGUACCAAAGAUGUAUUUUUU